GAAUCGCUCCAAAACAGCUCUCUCUCUCUCUCUCUCUCUCUCUCUCUCCCUCCAAUGGCACCCGCAGCAGUUCCAGAAAACCUAACGAGGGAGCAGUACGUGUACCUGGCGAAGCUGGCGGAGCAGGCCGAGCGCUACGAAGAAAUGGUGCUUUUCAUGGAGAAGCUGGUGGUGGAAACGUCAUUGGCGGGCAGCGAGCUUUCGGUCGAGGAGCGCAACCUCCUCAGCGUUGCCUACAAGAACGUCAUCGGCUCCCGCCGCGCUGCUUGGCGCAUCAUCUCCUCCAUCGAGCAGAAGGAGGAGUCCCGCAAGAACGAGGAACACGCCGCCCUCGUGAAGGACUACCGCUCCCGCGUUGAGUCCGAGCUUUCCGACGUUUGUGCUGGAAUACUCAAGCUCCUUGAUUCCCACCUCAUACCAUCCACCGCUGCCAGCGAGUCCAAGGUCUUCUAUCUCAAGAUGAAGGGUGACUACCAUCGGUACCUCGCCGAGUUCAAGGUUGGCGCCGAGAGGAAAGAGGCCGCUGAGGAUACAAUGCUCGCUUACAAGGCCGCGCAGGAUAUUGCUGUUGCUGAGCUGCCGCCAACGCAUCCUAUAAGGCUCGGUCUGGCACUCAAUUUUUCUGUUUUCUACUACGAGAUCUUGAAUUCUUCAGAGAAAGCUUGCAGCAUGGCGAAACAGGGUGAUUGGGAUGGCAAUCUGGUGAUUUUGCUAGUUCUCUCUGCCCGCUGGGGACUAGUGGUCCAAAAUUUGCAGAAUUCACAGCAUUCAAGGCUUUUGAGGAAGCUAUUGCCGAGCUGGACACAUUGGGUGAGGAUUCAUACAAAGACAGCACCCUCAUCAUGCAGCUCCUGAGAGACAAUCUCACUCUCUGGACCUCCGACAUGCAGGAGCAGUUAGACGAGCCAUAGGGGAUGCUACAAGGCCAGGGGAUUCUUGUCCUUGAGGGAGGUGGACUCCAAUGUCACGUGUCUGUCUGCAGUCUGCAUGUAAUGAGGGAUGUGGUACUGUCUAUAGAAAAUACUGAUUGUUGCUUUGGAUAUUCGAGCAGGAAACUUGGGUUCAUGAAUGAUGAUUGAAAAGAGAUUUCAGAUA